AAUGUUCUUUUUUAAACGAAAAUCAGAAAAGAAGUUGAUUAAUGAAGAAAAUCCAGGAACAAUUAUUAAUUCUGAAUGUUUAAUAGUAGAAUUAAAACGAUCUAUUAAAGAUUUGAAUAAGAAAGAUAUGGGAGAAAGAAAAAUGAAUGGUAUUGGAUUUAGCAAAGAUAAUGCUCUAUUAGCGACAGGAUUAUCUAUAGAAUAUGAAAUACCCCCUAAAGAGAGGAUGGAAUUAGAAGAAUACACCGCAGAGACAAGCCCAAAAGAGCAUUUAAGAAUAUUAUCUUUAUUUAGACAAUUAUUGGUGUUUGAAGAAAACCCGGCGAAACUUCCUCAACUAUUAAAAUCAUGCAUUCUUCGAGUGAUUGAAGAAAGAUCGAAAAAGGAGAAAUUUAGCUAUCGAUUAAAUAAAACAGUUGCAAAUUUAAAGAAAAUAUCGCCAUCUUGUAAAAUAACACCUUUAAAUUAUUAA